UCUCCGCCUUUUAUGACCGGAUCCUCCUCACGGCCGGCAGCGGGGAGCAGACAGGCGUCGCUCAGGCGGGGAAACGCCUGAAAAGCGGAGUUUGGGAGGAUAAUCUCGGUCCCGGGAGGCGGACGGAGGCAGCAGCCGGAGCACCGGAGGACUUCUCCCAGCUUGAAGCAGGCCCGGCGGCACCAUGAGCUCCAGGGUGUGUAAGAACUGCGGCGGCACGGACGUGGACGUGGACCAGGCCCGCGGCGACGCCGUGUGCAUGGGCUGCGGCUCCGUGCUGGAGGACAACAUCAUCGUGUCCGAGGUGGAGUUCGUGGAGACGGGCGGAGGAGGCUCGCUCGCCGUGGGGCAGUUCGUGUCCUCGGAAGGCGGAGCGAAGCUCCCGUCGUUCGGAGACUCACACCUGAUGGGGAUGGGCAGGGAGUCCCGGGCCCAGACGCUGCAGAGAGCGAAGCAGCACAUCACCACUGUGGGCCACCAGCUCCAGAUGAGUCAGCACUGCUUGGACACGGCCUUCAACUUCUACAAGAUGGCGCUCACCCGACGGCUGACCAGCGGCCGCAAGGCGGCGCACGUCAUCGCCGCCUGCAUCUACAUGGUGUGCCGCACCGAGGGAACGCCGCACAUGCUGCUGGACCUCAGCGACCUGCUGCAGGUCAACGUUUACAUUCUGGGAAGAACGUUCCUGGUUCUGGCUCGAGAACUCUGCAUCAACGCUCCGGCUAUCGACCCGUGUCUCUACAUCCCCCGCUUCGCCCAGCUGCUGGAGUUCGGAGAGAAGAACCACGACGUGUCCAUGACGGCCAUGCGGCUGGUGCAGAGGAUGAAGAGGGACUGGAUGCACACGGGGCGCAGGCCGUCGGGACUCUGCGGAGCAGCUCUUCUGGUCGCCGCUCGGAUGCACGAGUUCCGCCGCACGCUGAAAGAGAUCGUCAGCGUGGUGAAGGUGUGCGAGUCCACUCUGAGGAAGAGGCUGACGGAGUUCGAGGACACGCCCACCAGCCAGCUGACCAUCGAGGAGUUCAUGAAGGUCGACCUGGACCAGGAGUGCGACCCGCCCUGCUUCACGGCCGGACUGCAGAAGAAGAAAUUACAGCAGCUGGAGACGGAGCUGAAGAAGAAGAUGGAUGACGUGGAAGAUGAAAUUCAUGAAUAUCAGGACGAGAUCGAAGCAGAGCUGGAGAGCUGCAGGCCCAAGCUCAGAGGAAUCUACGCCGCCUACGCCAAGGAAGAUCCUCGGGAGCCGGCCGCCGCCGCGUCGUCGCCGUCCAAGCUGCCGGACGUGGAGGAUCCCGAGGAGGAGGAGGAGCUCCAGGCGGUGGCCAAACACUUCGGUAGAGACCUGGACGAGCUGACCCUGGAGGCCCUGAUCCGCCUGGAGCGCAGCCGGCCGGGGGAGCCGGAGCAGGAGGGGGCGGAGCCGCAGGACGGCGUCCCGAGGCGGCGGGGCCCGUCUCUGGAGUCCAUCCUGGGGCCCAUGCCGUCCUCCGCCACGCUGGGCCUCCAGGAGUCGCUCCACGGCUGCGUCGGCGAGGAGAAGGAGAACGGUGGCGAGGGCGACAGCGGAGAGCUGGACCUGAGCGGGAUCGACGACAGCGAGAUCGAGCUGUACCUGCUGAAUGAGAGGGAAGUGAAGAUCAAGACGGCGCUGUGGAUGGCAGAAAACUCCGACUACCUCAAAGAGCAGAAAGAGAAGGAGGCGAAGAUCGAGAAGGAGAAGGAGCUCGGGAUCUACAAAGAGAGGAAGCCGAGGCGCUCGGCGAGGCGCCGGCCGCCCAUCAACGCCAGCACGGCGGACGAGGCCAUCGAGCAGAUGCUGGAGAGGAAGAAGAUCUCCACCAAGAUCAACUACGACGUGCUGAAGGACCUCAACGCCAAGCCGGGGGCCAGCCCGGCGCACGCCGCCUCCCCCAAGCGGGAGCCGGCCGCCACCUCCAGGCCCGCCGCCCGGCCCCGGAAGCCGCAGCAGAGACCGCCGCUCAGCCUCAGCACGCCGCUGAGCACCCUGGGAAAGAGGCUGCAGCCGUUCAUCAGCGGAAACCCCAACAAGAAGCAGGCGCUGGAGCAGAUCGCCAACUCCAACCCCCUGCCGGCGCCGGGGCCGGUGGCUCCGCCCACCGACGGCGUGCUGGUGGAGAGCGGCCCGGUCCUCUACGACGACGUGGCGGCCGAGGAAGAGGAGGACGAGGAGGAGGAGCCGUGCGUCAGCGCCAUGGCGCUGCUGGGGGGCAACGAUUACGGCUGUGACGGAGAUUACGAGGAUGGAUUCUAGCCUGGAGGACGAGCUGCUGCUGGUUUUGGACGCGGACGCCACGCGGCUGCCGGUCUGAACCGGGAAGCUGCAGACACAGAGAAGCUCCGCCUCCACCGGCGUCCGAACCGGAGCGACCGGCCCGGAGGCCGAAGAGGCGGAGCAGGAAACACUCGCCGUUCACUUGAAGGUCAGAAGACUCCAAAUUAAAGCUGCGGUGAAACUGGACCAGCGUCAGUAUUUUGGCUCUUUUCACAGCAGACUCUCGGCUGAUCGGACUCUCUGAUCCGAUCAGGCCGAAGCAGGUUUUCCUCUCAGGCUUCACUCGAAGCGUCGCUGUGGGUCAGCUGACGCUCAGCUCAUUAAACAGGAAGUUACAGUUUGUUUGGUUCGUUUUGUGACCACCAGGUUUCUAGAUUCAUUUAUUCUGCAGACGAUUCAAAACUUCCACUGAACUGUUUUGUAGGAGCUCAGAGAGUUUUUACAACACAGAAAAGAGUCGAAGGCGUCACGUCGUCCUGUGUCUGGACUGGAAGACGUCUUCUGGUUGUUUCACACAUGAACUGAACCUCCAGGGAGUUUAUUUUGAAAGUCGCAGCAGUCACAUUAACGUCCUCAUUCAGCCCUGAAGACGCCGUCAGGCGUCGCCUGGGACCGUUGUAUCUGUGGAAAUAAAUUCAAGGGACCUUCAUCAACAGAGUUUCUGAAGGAUUAGUUUGUGGCAGCAGGAUAAGAAGCCUCACAGCCUGGAUCACACACCGAGUCUUCUGACCUGCAAAUGAUCGUCUGAGUGUUUCCUGUUGACCCUCAUCAGGAGGAAAAUGGACUGAAAACUCCUCCGGCUCCGGUGUCUGUGGACGGUUUGAGUCCAGGAGCGAAACGUCCGGAGAGCUCGGCGACUCUGGACUCCACUGAGAACCAGGCGUCGGAUGAAUGAGUUUUUCUUUAAGCCUCGGUGACGCCGAGCGUCGUCAGCUCUGCUCAGCAUGACGGAGAAUCCUGUGGAAUGAUGGGAUCCGGACUUCAGAGCGACUUCAUAAGAACAGAAUCUGACUGAUUAGUUUUGUUGGGAUUGAGUUUUGGGUGUUUCUCAUUAAUUUAGCAGAGUGUUUCCUGGUUCAGCUUGAAUACUUCUGUCACAGUGAAGUUCAGCCCGAGCUGUGAAGACGCUCGGUCGGGUUCCUGUU